AUGCUUUUUCGACAUUGGAGUUAUGUUUCUGUCUUCAGCGCCAUCAGCGCCGCUUGGACUCUACCGAAUUCAACACCCAGCUCGCUAAUCGUUGAUAAAGCCCCGAACGAAACGCGCCCGUAUGUUCUUCUUAAGAAUACUGGCGAGGCACUGGCUCUGGGAGCAAACACCUUGAGAUUUCUAGUAACCGGGAACGUGUCUGAACAAAGUUUCGCCAUGGUCAGCCACUCUUCGCCAGAUUCAAGCCUCCUGGCUGUUUCCCCCCAUAUCCACCGGAGAACCUAUGAGAACUUCUUUGUCAACAAAGGCCGCAUACAAAUGUGGGCUUGGCAAAAUGAAACAGGAGGUCUGGAGUUUUCUAGGGUCAUGACAGCCGGCGACUAUGCUGUCGUCUCCCAUCAUACGCUUCACACAUAUCAAUUCCUGGAGCCAGAUACACAGCUCACUUUUGUCGUGCAACCAGGUGGAUUCGAAGAUCUCUUCUACGUCUUAGCUAAAGGGCCCUUCGAGAGUUCCUCGUUGACCCCUUUCUACCCUCAGAGAUUUGACGUUGCAGCUGGGGCUGGAGAUAACGCCGAGGUGUUGAGCCAGCUUGAGAAAUACGAUGUCUAUUUCCAGCCACAAUACAACCCGACCCGAAAAGUGACGGAUGGGAUGACCGGCCCUCCAGGAUACAACUGGCACAACGGAAGCAACGAGCUCGCACCAGACUCUCAGAGUACUGGGUUCGUUGCCAAGGAUUGGUCGUCAAAGUAUCUGUAUACCAAGGGCAGCUAUCAAAUUGUUCAGCCCCUUGCCACCCCAAAGCAGACCGACGGAAACAUGACAAUGGGAACCAUCACUCUGUCGAAGCGCUUUCUCAACGAAACAAUCCCUGUGUUCAAACUACCCGUGCACACAUCUUUUCAGAUGACUGAGGGACAAGCGAUUUUCGACGUUUAUGGGUAUGAAGCUCUGCCUCUUGUUGAAGGCGAUACUGCUUUUAUCCCCGCCAACACUAGCUUCUCGUACUACGCUACAUCUCCGAUGACUCGAUUUACGUAUGUUAGCGGAGGGGGAAACGGGCUUGAUGCGGAGUUACUUCGUGAUGCUGUAGAAUGGGAAUUUGCUAGUUAUCCGGUGCAUCUUGGCUAUGGCUCAGGGCAUUAA